CAAAACCUUCACGUGAAUCUCGUCGGUCCUUUCUGUAUGAAUCCAAAUGAAUUCUCUCAUCGGCCAAAACUUGGGGAAAAAAUUCCCGAGUUUCGCUUCCAGACUCGUAUCCUCGCUUGCUGUUGUUGAAAACUCGUCAAAUUUUCUCGCUGAACAAGGACAAAAUCUCACUCCUUUUGACCCGUUUCUGUUCUUCCGUGAGCAUAGAAAAUCAGGAAAGUGCGGCGUCAGAGUUGCAAAAUUUAUACAUACCCAGUUGCUUAAAUCAGCUGCAUUACACUCUAACAUCUUUGUCGCGAACUCUUUACUCGACUGGUAUUGUAAAUAUGCGGGCAUGGUUGAUGCACUCCUGUUGUUCGAUACAAUGGCUCGCCCAAAUGUUAUUUCAUGGAAUAUCCUUAUUUCGGGUUAUAAUCAAGAUCAUUUAUUCGAGGAUUCGUGGAAGAUUUUCUGUAGGAUGCAUUCAUUGGGUUUCGAGCCCAAUGAGAUUACCUAUGGGAGUGUCCUUUCAGCUUGUACUGCUUUUCAGGCCCCUAUAUUCGGUAAGCAGGUCUAUUCACUUGCUAUGAAAAAUGGCUUCUUUUCGAAUGGUUAUGUACGGACUGGAAUGAUAGAUUUGUUCUCGAAAAAUUUCAGCUUCGAGGAUGCCUUGGGGGUGUUUCAUGAUGUUUUCUGUGAGAAUGUCGUCUGUUGGAAUGCUAUUAUUUCUGGGGCCGUUAAAAAUGGAGAGAACCGGGUUGCUUUGGAUCUUUUUCGCGAAAUGUGUUCUGGAUCAUUUCUGCCAAAUAGUUACACAUUUUCAAGCAUUUUAGGUGCUUGUGCUGCUCUUGAAGAACUUGAUGUCGGAAAAGGAGUUCAAGGAUGGGUGAUUAAAUGUGGUGCAGGAGAUGUCUUUGUGGAAACUGCUAUAGUUGACUUGUAUGCCAAGUGCGGACUUAUGGAAGAAGCUGUUGAAGAGUUCUUGCAGAUGCCGAUACGCAAUGUGGUUUCUUGGACUACUGUUAUCUCUGGUUUUGUGAAGAAGGAAGAUUCUAUUUGUGCCCUCAAGUUUUUCAAAGAUAUGAGAGAAUUGGGUGUAGAAAUAAACAACUACACUGUCACUAGUGUAGUUACUGCAUGUGCUAAGCCGGCCAUGAUUGAAGAGGCAAUCCAAGUCCAUUCCUGGAUAUUAAAAGCUGGUUUCUAUUUGGAUGAAGCAGUGGGGGCUGCUUUGAUCAACAUGUACUCUAAAAUAGGAGAGUUUGAUCUAUCUGUGUUGGUCUUCAAAGACAUUGGAAGUCUAAAGAAUCCCGGUGUCUGGGUUGCAAUGAUAUCUGCUUCUGCUCAGAAUCAGAAUCCUGGAGAAGCACUAGAAAUAUUUAGGAAGAUGUUACAAGAAAGUGUGAGACUAGAUAAGUUUUGUAUUUCUAGUCUUUUGAGCGUUAUAGGCUGUUUAAACUUGGGGAGACAGAUCCAUUGCUACUCUCUUAAAACCGGAUUAGUCUCUGAUGUUUCAGUAGGCAGUGCGCUUCUCACAAUGUACUCAAAGAGUGGUAGUUUGAAGGAAUCCCACAAAGUCUUUGAGCAAAUUCUUGAAAGAGACAAUGUUUCAUGGGCUUCAAUGAUUGCUGGUUUUGCAGAACAUGGAUGUGCUGAUCAAGCCAUUAAGUUAUUUGGAGAAAUGCUGCUUGAAGAAAUUGUACCUGAUCAGAUGACCUUAACUGCAACCUUAACUGCAUGUUCCGCCCUUCGUUCUUUACGGAAAGGUAAAGAAAUUCAUGGUUAUGCUCUUCGUAUUGGAGUUGGGAAAGAUGUAGUUGUUGGUGGUGCACUUGUGACCUUGUACUCAAAAUGUGGUACCCUAGAAUUGGCAAAAAGUGUGUUUGAUAUGCUACCUCAAAAGGACCAAGUUGCAUGCUCUUCUUUGAUUUCAAGUUAUGCCCAAAAUGGAUACAUUGAAAAGGCCCUUAUGCUGUUCUUUGAUAUGCUCAUGGCUGAUUUGGCCAUUGACUCUUUCACGGUUUCAUCUGUGUUGGGUGCCGUUGCACUUUUGAAUAGAUCAGAUAUUGGAACUCAAAUGCAUGCCCUCAUCACGAAAAUGGGUUUGGAUUCAGAUGUUUCUGUUGGAAGUUCACUGGUGACAAUGUACUCAAAAUGUGGAAGCAUAGAAGGAUGCCGCAAAGCAUUUGAUCAGAUAGAGAAGCCUGAUUUGAUUGGUUGGACAGCUAUGAUUGUCAGCUAUGCUCAACAUGGGAAAGGUACUGAGGCUUUAAGUUUAUAUGAGCUUAUGAGGAAAGAAGGAAUUAAACCAGAUGCAGUGACCUUUGUUGGGGUUUUAUCUGCUUGUAGUCAUAAUGGAUUGGUUGAAGAAGCCUAUAUCCAUCUUAAUUCGAUGGCAAAAGACCAUGGGAUUGAACCUGGUUAUCGUCAUUAUGCCUGCAUGGUUGAUCUUCUUGGUCGAUCAGGGAGAUUGAAAGAGGCUGAAAGCUUCAUUAAUGACAUGCCUAUCAAACCUGAUGCUUUGGUUUGGGGAACCCUACUGGCUGCCUGCAAAGUACAUGGAGAUAUUGAACUUGGGAAGCUAGCAGCCAAAAAGGUUAUGGAGUUAGAGCCAUGUGAUGCCGGAGCUUAUGUUUCCUUCUCAAACAUCUGUGCAGAUGUGGGCCAAUGGGAAGAAGUCCUGAAGAUUAGAAGCCUGAUGAAGGGAACUGGGGUGAAGAAGGAACCUGGCUGGAGCUUUGUGUGAUGUUGCCAUGAGUGUUGAGUCUUGAUGUUUGGAGAUUUAGAUCUUUCGGUGUUAUAUCCUUGUAAGGUUCAAAUGGAAUCGAAACCCUUACAAUUUGGAGGGCCAAGGAGGUUGAUGGAUGUCUCACGAGAAAGUAUAGCAACAAGGACUGAUUUUAACUAAUGAGAGGUGGUGCUCUGCCCAAAAAUGCAUACGGAUAUAUAGCACUUCCUUGCAGUACAACUGGUCUACAUCUCACCAAGACCAGCAUUAAGUUCAACUUAAAUCAGGAUGAUCUGACGAUAAACUGCGUAAACCCCAACGGGUUGGACACUUGAUAUAAAAGGGGUGACUCAGAGACCCGCUUGGGCUAGUGGAGCUUGUCAUACUGUGUACACAU